GUGGCCAUAAUUCCCAUGGUGUCGUUGCCACCCACGACUUAAUCAAGCAGCUAUGGCCGCUACGAACUCAUGUCAGUCCUCCAAUGCCAUUUUCAGUGCUGCAGAUACCGCACAAUUCGCACCAGGCAAAGAUGAAGUCAAAUCCCCAAGUCUCUCAAAUGCGAAUGCGUUAGCACGCUUUGAGUUUGAACCCGGCCUGUCCAAAGAAGGUACCAAGAUCUUGAUGAUCGAGUGGGAGGACGAUGUUUCGACCCGCACAAUCUUGGGCUCCUGGCAGAUUAGCUGGGAGAGCAAGACACAUGUUCUCCCCGUCGACGACACGCCAACGCUCAUUCCCCCUGAAGAACGCGCAGGUGAAUUCCAUAGGAUGUACUUUCUCCUGCCGCCGGGCGUUCCAGUCCCUGGUAUGGUCAUACUAACCAAGGGUGAGACAUAUUGGCGCACAAACCCAUUACCUGCGAUCUUCCCACCAGAACUUGGCGCCAGUGCGAGACAAGCUGGAAAGAAGGGGGUUCUGCACACAAUAUGGGCUAAGAAGAGGCUACAGGCUUUACAGCGUGAGAUUGAUACAGAAAGCCAGAACAAUGUUGAAGGGAUCGGCUUGACAAUGGCACUGCAAGAGAAGGAAUGGAUCGAGCAGAACUUUGGUGUUAGCGCACGCCCAAGCGGCCUGACCAUCACGACUGGAGCCGGCACCAAUUCUGCGGCGCCGUUGAGUCCAGGAAGCCCAAAGAGUCCUGGUGGUGGGCGUUUGAUGGAGAAGCUGAAGGGCUUGAAGUUGAGCACCACAGAUAAAGAACAUCACUCCCCGGGAGGCAUGUCUAUUACCUCCUACGAGCCUAACACUUUAUCACCCGAAUCCUCUGAUGUCGCUGUGUCCUCAUUCUCGACAUUCAAGGGUGCCAUGCCUAGCCAAGUCACCACAAAGCUUCAAUUCCGCCGUAAAGUCUCAACGCAAGGACCGCCUGCAGAAAUUCUGGCACAACAACAACAGCAACAUAAUAUAGGCAUCGGGUCGCUCGAUGCAUUUGCGGUGGCACCGGCAUGGGAGUCACGGGGCAUACUCCAAUAUUCGUCGGCAUUAGAUGACAAAGCCGACGACGACAAAGAAGACGGUCUUUUCGCUGUCCCGAUAUCUCCGAGAAGCCCAGAAAUGACCAAGAGCCCGUUCUCCUUCGCACGGAAUGACAUAUCCAAGUACGUAGCAGGAAGACAGGCAGCGUGAAGGAGUGAGGCUGUUUGAAUGCCGGCUAAUACAAUGCUCCAGAAGGAUUAUGUGUAUCAUGUCUCUUAAUGUUAGGGGCGCUAUGGCGUUUGGCAUAUUUUGACGUGACAUCUGCAUGGCGUGGCAGGAAUACUACGAAUCGACACCGUGGUCGUUGCCAUGUAGUUUUGCUGUGAUAUUUG